GAAGGAAGGGGGGUUGUAUAGUGUGGGUAGGUCGGCGCGUCCUCAGAGCCCACCAGAACCUCGAGCUGCAGCCCACAGAUCUCCUGCACACGGCUCGCAAAGAGCGUGCUCCUAGGAGCCUGCGACUCACACCCGGACCUGCAAACCAGAGAGGAAUUGUUCAGCCUCUAGGAAUAGCACUUGGGGCUGGCGGCAUGAGUCCAGUGAGGCGCGGGGGCAGCCCCUGCCUUUUCCCUUUACAGCUCUUCAGCCUCUGUUGGGUGCUCUCAGUGGCCCAGAGCAAGACCGUGCGAUACAGCACCUUCGAGGAGGAUGCCCCUGGGACGGUCAUCGGGACCCUGGCUGAGGACCUGCAUAUGAAAGUAUCUGGAGACACAAGCUUCCGCCUGAUGAAGCAGUUCAACAGCUCGCUUCUCCGGGUGCGCGAGGGCGACGGGCAGCUGACCGUCGGGGACGCGGGCCUGGACCGGGAGCGGCUGUGCGGCCAGGCGCCACAGUGCAUGCUGGCCUUCGACGUGGUCAGCUUCUCGCAGGAGCAGUUCCGGCUGGUGCACGUAGAGGUGGAGGUGAGGGACAUCAACGACCAUGCGCCGCGCUUCCCACGGGCCCAGAUCCCCGUGGAGGUGUCCGAGGGCGCAGCCGUGGGCACGCGCAUCCCCUUGGAGGUGCCUGUGGACGAGGACGUGGGAGCCAACGGGCUGCAGAGCGUGCGCCUGGCCGAGCCUCACAGCCCCUUCCGCGUGGAACUGCAGACGCGCGCGGACGGCGCCCAGUGCGCGGACCUGGUGCUGCUACAGGAGCUGGACCGCGAGAGCCAGGCCGCCUACAGCCUGGAGUUGGUGGCCCAGGACGGCGGCCGCCCGCCGCGCUCCGCCACGGCCGCCCUCAGCGUGCGAGUGCUGGACGCCAACGACCACAGCCCGGCCUUCCCGCAGGGCGCCGUGGCCGAAGUGGAGCUGGCGGAGGACGCUCCCGUGGGCUCGCUGCUGCUCGACCUGGACGCGGCCGACCCCGACGAGGGCCCCAACGGCGACGUGGUGUUCGCCUUCGGGGCCCGCACCCCGCCCGAGGCGCGCCGUCUCUUCCGCCUGGACCCGCGCUCGGGCCGCCUCACCCUGGCAGGACCGGUGGACUACGAGCGCCAGGACACCUAUGAGCUGGACGUGCGGGCCCAGGACCGCGGUCCAGGGCCCCGGGCUUCCACCUGCAAGGUCAUCGUGCGCAUCCGCGACGUCAAUGACAACGCUCCGGACAUCACCAUCACCCCGCUGGCCGCCCCGGGCGCACCUGCCGCCUCUCCCUUCGCCGCCGCAGCCGCCGCCGCCGCUCUCGGGGGUGCGGACGCGACCUCGCCGACCGGGCCCGGGACACCUGAGGCCGGCGCCGUGUCUCUGGUGCCAGAGGGGGCGGCGCGCGAGAGCCUGGUGGCGCUGGUCAGCACCUCGGACAGAGACUCGGGCGCCAACGGGCAGGUGCGCUGCGCCCUCUACGGGCACGAGCACUUCCGGCUGCAGCCGGCCUACGCGGGCAGCUACCUGGUGGUGACCGCGGCGUCGCUGGACCGCGAGCGCAUCGCCGAGUACAACCUGACGCUGGUGGCCGAGGACCGCGGCGCGCCCCCGCUACGCACCGUGAGGCCCUACACGGUGCGCGUGAGUGACGAGAACGACAACGCGCCAGUCUUCACACGGCCGGUCUACGAGGUGUCGGUGCGUGAGAACAACCCGCCCGGCGCCUACUUGGCCACGGUGGCCGCCCGGGACCCCGACCUGGGCCGCAACGGCCAGGUCACCUACCGGCUGCUGGAGGCUGAAGUAGGCCGUGCCGGGGGCUCGGUGUCCACCUAUGUGUCGGUGGACCCAGCCACCGGGGCCAUCUAUGCGCUGCGCAGCUUCGACUAUGAGACUCUGCGCCAGCUCGACGUGCGCAUCCGGGCGAGCGACGGUGGCUCCCCUCAGCUCUCCAGCAGCGCCCUGGUGCAAGUGCGGGUACUGGACCAGAACGACCACGCACCGGUCCUGGUGCACCCGGCGCCGGCCAACGGGACCCUGGAAGUGGCGGUCCCCGGGCGCACGGCAAGGGACACUGCCGUGGCGCGCGUGCAGGCCCGGGACGCGGACGAUGGUGCCAACGGGGAGCUGGCAUUCGAGCUGCAGCAGCAGGAGCCGCGAGAAGCCUUCGCCAUCGGCCGCCGCACGGGGGAGAUCGUGCUCACAGGCGACCUCUCGCAGGAGCCGCCGGGCCGCGUGUUCCGGGCGCUGCUGGUCAUAUCUGACGGCGGCCGUCCCCCGCUCUCCACCUCUGCCACCGUCAGUUUCGUGGUGACAGCAGGCGGCGGGCGAGGGCUGGUGGCGCCCGCCAGUGCAGGGAGCCCUGAGCGUUCUCGCCCGCCCGGCUCUCGACUCGCGGCGUCGGGGCCCGCCCUACAAUGGGACACGCCGCUGAUCGUCAUCAUCGUGUUGGCCGGGAGCUGCACGCUGCUGCUGGCCGCCAUCAUCGCCAUCGCCACCACCUGCAACCGCCGCAAGAAGGAGCCCUACGGUGCCUCCCCCGGCUUCGGAAAGGAGCCGGCGCCCCCUGUGGCGGUCUGGAAAGGACACUCUUUCAACACCAUCUCUGGCCGAGAAGCGGAGAAGUUCAGCGGCAAAGACAGCGGCAAAGGGGACAGUGAUUUCAACGACAGCGAUUCUGACAUCAGCGGGGAUGCUCUGAAAAAGGAUCUCAUCAACCACAUGCAGAGUGGACUGUGGGCGUGCACCGCUGAGUGUAAGAUCCUGGGCCACUCUGACCGCUGCUGGAGCCCGUCAUGCGGAGGGCCCAACGCGCAUCCCCCGCCUCACCCACCAGCGCAGAUGUCUACCUUCUGUAAGAGCACGUCCCUGCCUCGGGAUCCUCUGCGCAGGGACAAUUACUAUCAGGCCCAGCUGCCCAAGACAGUGGGGCUGCAGAGCGUCUAUGAGAAAGUGCUACACAGAGACUAUGACAGGACAGUCACCCUGCUCUCCCCUCCCCGUCCAGGGAGGCUCCCAGACUUGCAGGAGAUUGGGGUACCCCUCUACCAGUCCCCCCCUGGCAGGUACCUGUCCCCAAAGAAGGAAGCCAAUGAAAAUGUGUAACCCCAUGCUGCAUGUGUUCACAACUUAUACAGGUCACUCCGAGAAGCCCCUAAGUUAUUGACUGGUUUCAGUGGUGUAUAUAUUAAAUAUGCAAGAUGUGCCUUAAAAUGAAGCUGUUGGAAGCUAUUUCCAAUCACAUUGGUACUGUUUGGUAUUUGCAAACAAAAAUGUAGUUAAUGUAAUUUUUAUGAAAUGUGUGCAGUAUUUAAUUUUUCUUAUCAUGCUAUUGACUUUAAUUUCAUUUGCAGCUUGCCAUUUUCUUAGUGUUUUUAACCUGUACAUUGUGUAAUGUAAUGUUUGUAUAUAAUGAAAUUUUGUUAUAUUUUUAUAAAAUAAAAGCUAAAGUGAAAGUUAUUGCCAAAGGAACUGUCUGUAAGACAAAAAAAAAGUGGGAAUUACUUAAUGGAAAUUUAUCUUUCACCUGAAACAACCUAGUGUUUGAGAAUUUUUGCCUUGCCAAGUAUACCUUGUAUAUCUUGAGUCUGUGGUAGAUUUCAAGUUCAAUGUUAUUUAAUUACAUUUGGUUUUCUGUAAACGCGAACCAUGUCACUUAUAAGCACAGUAAUAAAGGAUUUGUCAUGUGUUUGAAGAAUCUGCUAAUUGCUUUUCAUGAAGUUGCCUACAGUUAGACAUUCACAAAUAAUCUGAGUACCAGAAUUAAACCUUCUUUCAAGUGCUAAUUAUUUGGGCAUCAUUAAUAUUCACAGUGAUAUUAAACUUCCAAGUAUUGGAAAGUCUCAUCUGAGUAUUAAAAAUACUUGAUUUUAUAAAUCAUGCACAUCUCCAUUUACAUCAGGCACUCUAUAAAAUUCUUGUCCUCAUUUAUUCACUCAACAGAUAUUUAUGGUGCAUCUACAAAAAGUAGAGAAAGCUGUGUGGGCUGUUCAUACACUAAUUAAACAUCUGUUGAGUUUUUAUGAACUGCAGUAACUCCCCUAAGAGCUGUGGUUUGAGGUUAGGAAGACAUAGUCUCAAGGAGCUCUUAGCAUAUUAGGAUGUUAAUAGCAAAAACAC